AUGGUAUCAGAUAUCCCAUUACAAGUGAGUGAGAAACCAUUUCAGUAUGUCAUGUAUUCUGUGUCACAAAUCCUGCAUGGAAGAUCCCAAGAAAUGUCCUUAGUUCAGUACUUGUCUGGAUUGGUGUUGAUGCAUGAAGGAUGCACUCUUAAGGACAUUGAGAGAAUUGCUAAAUUUGGAGCAAGUGUUCAUCCAGAAACACUUAAAAGAAAGCUGAAUUCUUGGGAUGCAAUUUUAGAUGAGGAAUUACUCAAGUACAAAGAAGAAUGGAGUCGAGGAGGGCAAACAAAAUACCAACUCAUAGGGGACAAUUGGGACAGAAAUAUCAUUCCUUCUUACAGAACGUCUCAAGACAAAACAUUGUCCUUGCACUUGUUUCAGGUCAUUGGAGUCCUUGACAGAGUGAAUUGUGUGGUGGACACUGACUCACAGCUCAUUGAUAUUUCAGACCUGAAUCCUGUGAAUUUCAUACCCUCCAGUGAGGAUCAGGAUAUUCUUCUCCAUGAGCUUACUUUCCUUGUUGCAAGUUCAGUCAUUGCUAAUAUUGACCAGAUGAAUGACAGUUUUGUAUCAAUUUACCCUAAGCAUUUGCAACACAAAUACAGCAAUUACUCAGGAAUAAAAACAGAACAGUAUCCUUUGGGGCUAUUUGAUUGCAAUGAAAUGGUCACUCAGGAUGUUAUCAGACUACUAAAAGAGCCAUCAAAGAAGUAUGUACCCACAGAUGAUGCAGGAGAAAUUGUGGAAGAAGUGUUCUUUGGAGGAGACAGAUUAACAGAUGAAAGAAUACAGAGUGCCCAAGAAGCCAUGACAAAUAAUGAAACUGCCUUAGAAAAAUUGGAAGGAUUCAUUUCUAAAAUUGAAGAUUUCCACCGGCUAAUGAACUUCCUUGAGGCAAUAGUUAUGCAAACAUAUAGCACUCAAUCAGCAAGUGACCGUGGGACAAUGUACUAUUACAAGAACAUUUUAAAUGCACGCAAUGUCAAAGGAAAAGUUAAAAAUUCUUACAGGGGAUAUAAAAUGCUGUAUCGCACUGUAUUUGAUGCUAUGUGCUGUGUAUUAUUUUUACAAGAGCUAGGGAUUCACAACUCAGAAGAGAGUGUAUCAUUACCUGAUGAAUUUUGCACAUGGAAUAAAGACCAAAAAAUCCAGUGGCUAAAUAACAUUUGUGAACGAAUUGUAAAGAAAUGGUUUUUUGGAGAUGGUGAUUUGUUUGAAGACUUAAGACAAAAAUUGACUGAUUCAGAUCAUGAAGAAAAUUACUGGUUUGCAAAUUUUCAAGAUGGACGAUUUUCCUGCCAUUACUGUGGAAAAACUUACAGUCACCUUAGAAGUGCGGAAUCACAUGAAAAAGGAAUUCAUGGCCAUUCCAAACCAUCUGAAAGAAAGAGUACUGCUUCAAGCCUUAAGCAAGAUGAACUGCAUGAUUAUUUACUAGCACUUUUUCGCCUUGCAGCAUUACACAGGAAUCUCGAUUCUGCAGUGGACAUGGCAGAUGGCAACCGAUCUGUUCGCUCCGCUAAAUAUGAGACCCCAUUGUACAACAAAACGCACAAGACAAAAUAA